AAGGGGGCGCCGGCGCCGCGCCGCCCGUCUCCAAGAUGGCGGCUGUCGCCAUGAGGCUGCCGGUAUCCCGCAAGGCGGUGGCGCCGAGCAGGCCGCGGGGCGGCGAGAAGCACCUGGUGGCGCCGGGGGACACCAUCACCACGGACACGGGCUACAUGAGGGGCCAUGGCACCUACGUGGAUGAGGAGAAGCUCAUCGCCUCGGUGGCCGGUGCUGUGGAGAGGGUGAACAAGCUGGUGUGCGUCAAAGCGCUGAAGACCAGGUACAACGGUGAAGUCGGCGACAUCGUGGUUGGGAGGAUCACGGAGGUUCAGCAGAAACGAUGGAAAGUGGAAACCAAUUCCAGGCUAGAUUCAGUCUUGUUGCUGUCAUCUAUGAAUUUACCUGGUGGGGAACUGAGAAGGAGAUCGGCAGAAGACGAGCUUGCAAUGAGGGACUAUCUGCAGGAAGGGGACCUCAUCAGUGCAGAAGUCCAGUCUGUCUUUUCUGAUGGAGCUGUGUCACUGCACACCCGGAGUCUGAAAUACGGGAAGCUUGGCCAGGGUGUGCUCGUUCAGGUCUCGCCCUCCCUCGUGAAACGCCAGAAGACUCACUUCCACGACUUGCCCUGUGGUGCAUCUGUGAUCCUCGGCAACAACGGUUUCAUCUGGAUCUACCCAACUACAGAGCAGAAAGAUGAAGAGGCAGGGGGCUUCACCACCAACCUAGAGCCAGUUCCCUUGUCUGACCGGGAGGUGAUCUCACGGCUCCGAAACUGCAUUGUGGCUCUGGCUACUCAGAAGUUGAUGCUCUUUGACACUAGCAUCCUGUAUUGCUAUGAGGCAUCCCUUCCUCAUCAGAUCAAGGAUAUUCUCAAACCAGAGGUGACGGAGGAGAUCGUUCUGGAAACCCGGCAGAGGUUGUUGGAUCUGGAGGGAUAGUGUCAGAAGCAGUUAUUUGAAGCCCCACCAUGGCAGCUUUUGAUUCUCAGUAUUUUUUUUUUCAGUGUUUGAGUUCCAGGCAUUCAUUCCAUACUUCAGAAAUUACCAAAAUUGCUCAUUUUAACUCCUUGGAUACCUCCUGAGUCCUUUUAGUACGAUAGUACUAAAUAGUACUUGAGUACAAUAGCCUUUUAGUACAGCAGUACAUAUCUGACCUUUAUGAAGAGACAGGAUACAACUGGGACAUACCUUGUUGCUGUGUCUAGUGCCCCUGAAUUUGGUGUAGAACAAUAGGGAGGAAAGGAUGUGCUUUGUGAUUGGUUUCUUCCUUCCCAAAGGCUUUUAAAUUGUUUUUAAUUUUUCUUUAUUGUGAUGCAGAUCUGCCAGUCUGACUUAGAGUUUUUAUUUUCUGUCUUUGAGACUGCAGAAGUACAAGUCUUCAGAGGAAAGGAGCAUAUAACCACAUUGUGAGUUUAGAUGUUCAUGGUUUAUAUGUCUCAAGGGUUUGAGACUGGAUGUGGCUGUCCACAUGACCCGGGUAGCCACGGGCAAGCAGCGCCUUCUCAAUCUGUGUGCAUCCUGCUAGUCCCUUUUAUACGCCUGAUGUGGCGAGCUUGUCCUCUGAAGAGGCUCCGGUAUUGUUUUCUAUAAAAAUAUUUUAUAUUUCAAUAAAUUUUUUGAAACAGA